AUGGCCGUGAAGCGGAACCCAGAUUUUGGUCUCGACGAUCUCUCGUCAGAUUUUGACCCGACUGAAAGCGCUGAAAGAUCUGGCGAUUUUUUCGAAAAGGAGCGCCCCUACGAGGAGCCGAAGCCGCUACCGAAGGAGGGGAAGAGAUGGUUUCAGGAUGAACACGGCCGGCAAUUUCGUCAACUCUCCCGCCUGGCGAUGCUCGACGCGUACCAGCGGCACAAGGAAAUCAUCAAUUUGUACUACCUCUAUCACCCUGGCGCAAAUCGGCACCUCUUUGAACGAGAUACGACAAGAGAUCGGACGGAUUAUGAUGUUUUAAAGGACAAUCACAAAUUUCUUUGGAAUGCCGAAGACGAAGCACAGACGUCAAAGGACUGGGAAAAGCGGCUGGCGAAGAGGUAUUAUGACAAGCUCUUCAAAGAAUACUGCAUUGUGGAUCUCUCCCAGUAUAAGCACGGCAAGAUUGGGAUGCGAUGGCGAACGGAGCCCGAGGUGAAAGAGGGCAAAGGGCAAUUCAAAUGCGGCUCGCGGAAAUGUGAACAUUUUGAUUCGUUGACGAGCUGGGAGGUAAAUUUCAAAUACGUGGAGGAUGGGCAACGGAAAGAUGCGCUGGUGAAAGUGCGGUUGUGCCCCGAGUGCUCGGACAAGCUGAAUUAUGUGAGCAAAAAGAAAAAGGUGGAGAAAACGAAUCGAUUGGAUCGAUGGCGAGCCGGCAGCAAGUCGAAAAAAUCCGAUCCAAGCCCGAAACGAGAGCCCACUGAAGGAGAAGAAGCGUCAAGCGAAUCGGCCGGCAGCUCAUCUGCGCAAGCGAAGACAGCCGGCGAAAUCUGGUCAGCGCCUCAGCAAGCCGAAACAGAAAGAACCGUCGAGCACGAGAUCGACGACUUUCUCAACGAUAUUUUUGAC